GGCUGCUUCGGGUCCACACACCAAACACAAGGCCAUGCUCUUCGGCGUCAAGCUCCGCAGCGGCAGCCACCCGCCCUGGGUGAGCAAGUACGUACCGUACGAGCUGCUCAAGCAGACUAUCUCGCAGCUCGAGCCCAACUGCGAGGAGAAUGCUGCGAUCGAGGGGAUCUUCCUCACGCAGCUGCUGUCCGCGGUGCACCAGGUCAACAACUUUUACCUGAGCAAGGAGCAGGAGCUAUCCACGCGGCUGGAGGCGCUCACGGCGCUGCUGCACUCGCCGCGCCAGUGGGUCCUCUCCCACAUCGAGGCGCACGACUCGGUCUCGCUCCCCUCGCUCGUGCCUCUCUUCGAGGCUGGCGUUCACGCGGCCAAGGACAAGGUCGACGCGCUCGGAGAGUUUGUGCGGCUGUGCGAAGACAUUGACCACCUGCGCAAGUACUCGGUCCUCAACUACCUCGCCGCCGCCAAGAUUGUCAAGAAGCACGACAAGCACUCCUCCAUCUCCCUGCGCGAGUCCGUGAUGAAGUUUGUCGGCUCGCUCCCCUUCUACCAGUCCCGCCUCCUCGCCUCCUCCUUCACGCACGCCCAGUGCAUCGCCUCUGAGAUUGUCGCCUCCGCCGUCGGCUCGGCGGCGCUCGACCUCUCCGCCGAGUACACGUGCGGCAUCUGCAUGGACGUGCUCAACAUGCCCGUCGUGCUCUCGUGCGCGCACCGCUUCUGCUACGGCUGCCUCUCGCGCGCCUGCCUCUACGACCACCACUGCCCGCUCUGCAAAAAGGACACCGACCUCGACCCCUCAAACUACCACAUCGACCCGAUACUGACCAAGUUCGUCGACGCGCACUGCGCGCGCGAUCACGGCGGAGACGAGGGCGGCGGCAGCCUGGCCGGCGGCGCGUCAUCGUCCGCGUCCGACGAGGCCGAGGGGGUCACCGACGCCCGCAAGGGCCAGCCCCUCUUCGGCAAGCCGCUGCUGAAGCGAUGCUCCGCUCCGACCAUCCCGGCGGGCUCCGACAAGGGCGCUGCGCCGCCCCGGCCCCCCUCGGAGUCGGACGAGGACUCCGCGACCGCGCCGGCCGAGGCCGAAUUCGACCGGCCAACCGGCCAGAUUUUGCGCUCGCUCAAGGCCGGCGGCGCGGCGCCUUCCGGCAAGGACGCCCUCGUCCCCGCCAAGCUGUCGCCCUUAGACGCGGCUGCCCUGGGCGUCGGCGUCUCUGUGCAGCUUCCGCCCGUGGUGCGGAAUGACCCGGCCGACUUGAGCCCGCGCUCGAAAAAGCUCGGCAUCGCCGCCGCCUCGGCCUCGGGGCCGCGCUCCGCCAUGAAGAAGAAGGCGUGCGUCGAGUGCCACAGGGCCAAGGCGGCGUGCGAGGGCGACCCGUGCGUCCGAUGCAUCCGGCUGGGCAAGACGUGCGUGACGCUCGCCCGGCUGCCGCGCCGCCGACGGAUCAAGUCGGGCGAGGACAGGGCUGCGGGCGGCGGCAAGGCGGCUGCCCUCGCCCCGCCCGCCGAGGUGGUCGCCCCCUUCGCCUCCCCCUCCGCCGCCCGCCCGGCGCCGAUGCCCGAGGCGGGCACGCGGCGCACAAAGGCACCAAAGCUGUCCGACGCGCCAUUCGGCCAAGUCCUCGACGCAGACUUUGUGGACGCGCGGCUGCUGUCGGACCCGCCGGAGGCGCCGGCGUUCGCCAACCCCGUCCCGUCGCAGGUGCCCGCGUUCGCCACGAGCGCCGGCCCCGGUGCGGGGAUCUCGGACGACUGCAUGUUCCUGUCCACCGACGAGCUCACCUCGCUCAUCACCGCCGUCGACUUUUAGCCGGGAGGAGGCCUCGCGCCUCGCGCUCGUCGUGCAUGCUCCCGGUCGCUAGCCGCUAAGCGGACCCGACCGGCAGGAGGGGGGCGUCUCGCUAUUGCGGCCCGUGCACCGGGGUUGAGGAUAUCAUUGCGGAGCUAGUGUUCUCGCGGUGUGAGCAACUCUGGCGCUGGCAGCCUAGUACGUCAGUAGCGCCGGCCGCUCUUGGCGAAAAAAAUCCUGAAAUCUC